UAUCUCAUCAUCACCUAUCAAUUUUAACUAACAAAGUUGCACCAAAAGAAAAAUGGAAAAUCAUCAUAGCAAGCAUAAGCUUGUGGAACAAACACAAGUUGGUCUUCCAAAAGCAUACCAUGAUAAUGAUGAUCCAAAAAUCAAAUCCCUCCCCCUUACAUUCCUUGACCUACCUUUUACAGGUCCAAUUUACGUUAGACGCCAAUUUUUCUAUAACUUCCCUUUUUCCACCAACCAUUUUUACCAAAAUACCCUCCCAACCCUCAAACUCUCUCUGUCUCUUACUCUACAACGUUUCUUCCCUCUAGCCGGGAACCUCCUAUGUCCUCCACCACCCCACAAGCCCUUCAUUCAAUGUACCAAUGAAGACACCGUCACCUUCACCAUCAUCGAGUCGUCUUUGAAUUUCGAUCAUAUUUCAAGCAAUGACCCCAAAAGUGUCAAAGAUUUGGAUCACUUGGUUCCAACAUUGAUGGACAAGGCCACAUAUGACAAGAGUGAUGACACGAUUGUGUCACCACUUGUGGCCUUGCAGGUCACGGUUUUUCCAAACCGUGGCCUCUGCAUCGCCAUCACCUAUUGUCACGUGAUUGACGAUAGGUGUUGUGGCCAUUUUAUGAAAUUUUGGUCUUCUCUUUGUGGAAUAAUAAAUUUGGAAGAAAUUAUUGACUCAACACUCUUAAAGAAGCACUAUUCAUUACUACCCUGUUUUGAUAGGGAAAUAUUGAAGGAUCCUGAUGAGCUCGAGGCCGUUUUGUUGAAAGACUAUUUUAACGAGAGGACUUUAUGGAAGGACAAACUCGUAGCUCAAAGUCAAAAUGGUGAAUCAAUAUUGGAAGAGGACUAUGUUAAAACAACAAUUGUGUUUGGUAGAGAAGGCAUUGAAGCAAUGAAAAGGUUUGCGAUGAACAAAUUGAAGAAAAGCAACGGAUACAAAGCGCCGCAAUAUCUAUCAACCUUUAUGGUGAUAUGUGGUUUUGUAUGGAGUAGUUUAAUUAAAACUACAAGACAUGACGAUAACAAUGAAGGAGGAGAAGAAGAAGAAAAAGAAGAGCAUUUUCAUUUUCCAGCUGAUUGUAGGAAUAACAAUCUACUCGGAUAUCCAAUUCCAAUUACUUACUUUGGGAAUUGCAUAACACAGUGCCAAACAAAGCUUAAGAGGAUGGAACUUAAAGGAGAAGAGGGUUUUGUGAAUGCGGUUAAGGUAAUAGAAAAGGGUAUAAACGACAUGAAGAGUUCGCCGUUUCGGGGUGCGGAAAAUUGGAAGGCAUUGUUCAUGAAGUUGUUUGUGUUGGGGAAUAGUGCGUUUCAUGUGAUGGCUUCGCACAAGUUGGGUGUGUAUGAGACUGACUUUGGAUUUGGAAGGCCUAAGAAAGUUGAAAUGGUGCAUUCAUCAAAGGCUAUAUCUCUUGCUGAAAGUGGACACGUGGAGGGAGGGGUUGAGGUUGGAUUGGUGUUAAAGAGGGUCCAUUAUCAAAGAUUUGUUCAUGUUCUUAAACAAGGGCUUCAAAUCCUCAUGAAUAACUGAAAUAGUAGGUUUAGUAAUAAGAAUUAUUGUUGUUGUGCAUGCCAUAAUGUGUGUGUGUUAUUGUGUUGAUGACAUGCAUUGCUGAUGAU